AUUUGGAUUAUCUCCUCAGGAACCCGGGACUCGUGGGUGUGUGAAGGGAGGGGGCGGUGGAUUACUAGUGUGAUAGACCAUUUGCUAAGGGGGGGUUCUCAGACUAAAUAAUUUCGAGUGAUCGGAUUUGAGGAGAUUCGCGAAAAUGUAACAAACAAUUUAAAAGUUCUUGUUAAUACCAUUGUGAAUUUGUGUUUUCCGAAGUGAUCUGGCGGAAUUGGUUCAUAAAUGGGUUAGUGAACCGAAUGAAUUCAGCCUUUGAAGCGUUUGAACGCUGGCUGUGGCGUGCAUCGGUGUAUGUGUUUGUCCGCAACGGAUCCAAGUGACUUCAAUUCAAGUGAAAUUGGCGAAACGUGCUCAGGGCUCAGCACAAGUGUUACGUGUCGGGUGUCGGGAGAACGACAUAAAAUUUCCUUUGUGAUUUUGGUGAGGUGUACCGAGCUACGAGUGAAACAAUUUGCAAAAGUUUGAAGCUGAAAUUGAAUUGUUGUUGAUAAGUGUUGGGCGAUUUACAGAGGAGAGAUUUUAUAAGCCGUUCAACGAACUUUGGUCCACUUCUUCCGGAACAACAUCCUACUAUGUGAAUAUGCCCUCCCACCGCCAGUGUCGGCACACAUCAGCCGUGUAGAAUUAGCCGUUCCUCCUCCCGUUGGACAAAGCCACAUGCAUUCACCAUCAACCGUCCCGAAGUGAGCAACGAAUGGAAAACCUACGGACGCCGAGCUUUCGUGAACCUCCGGUAGCUCCAGGAAGGCCACAGUGGGGUCGGUGGCAGCGGUGCUGACCAAACUGCCUGUGGCAUGUUUUGGACCACGAUGCCGUCGUCGUCCUUUCGGCAGCAGGUGGCAUCCCUCCUAAAGUCAUCGUCAUCGAUAGCAACCGGGCGAACAGAAAGCGGCAGAACAGGUGUGACUACAGCGAAAGCCCCGCCGACGACUGCGAGCACGACGAUAGUCAAUUUAAUCAAAUUAACUCGACUCACUACGGGCAGCAGCGAUAUGGCGGCGAUACGUGGUUUAUGAAGGUCGAUCCUGUUUGGUGGAUGUUGUGCUGUUUCCUUUUUUGUUCGGUGGACCCAAUUGGUGGGAUGUUCAUAAACAGUGCUGACAAUAACAGGAAAUUGGAGAAGUGUGAAAAACGUGGAUGAGAAAAAACUAAAGUGUCAACAUACAUAUACGAAAGUGGGGGUGAAAUAGAGUGCAUUAUAUUAGAUAAAGUUAUACAAGAGAUCCUAGCUAAUUAAUUGAUAGGGCAGACGCGAUGGGAUUGGUGAACUACGCGACAGUGUUAGCGCUGCUGCAUCUGCUGCACAUUCCAGUAAUCUCGGCUGUCAGUUGGGAGGAAUGGUGGACCUACGAUGGCAUUUCGGGUCCAGCAUUUUGGGGCCUAAUCAACCCGGAAUGGUCCCUGUGCAACAAAGGCCGCCGCCAGAGCCCGGUGAACCUGGAACCGCAGCGAUUGCUGUUCGACCCCAACCUACGAACGCUACACAUCGACAAACACCGAAUUAGUGGAUCGAUAGCCAACACCGGUCACAGUGUGAUCUUCACGGUGAACAACGAAACGGCACCAUCCAGUGGGAUCCUGCAGGUUCCGGUGAACCUGACGGGAGGUCCCCUCUCGUAUCGGUAUCGCUUCCACGAGAUUCACGUCCAUUACGGACUGCAUGAUCAGUUCGGUUCGGAGCACAGUGUCGAGGGAUAUACGUUCCCGGCGGAGAUUCAGAUCUUCGGAUACAACUCGCAGCUGUACGCCAACUUCAGCGAUGCGGUCUUCCGAGCACAGGGAAUCGUCGGUGUGGCCAUUCUGGUCCAGCUGGGUGACCUCUCGAAUCCCGAACUACGAAUGCUGACGGACCAGCUGGAGAGGAUACGAUUCGGUGGGGCAACGGCACCGGUGCGGAGACUCUCGGUGCGGGACCUGCUGCCCGAUACGGAGCACUACAUGACGUACGAGGGUUCGACGACGGCACCGGCCUGCCACGAAACCGUCACGUGGAUCGUGAUGAACAAACCGAUCUACAUCACCAAGCAGCAGCUUCACGGAUUCCGGAGGUUGAUGCAGGGUGGCAGCGACCACCCGAAGGCACCGCUGGGGAACAACUUCCGGCCGCCGCAACCGCUGCUGCAUCGUCCCGUGCGGACGAACAUUGACUUUCGAAAUAAACAGGAAAAAGGGGGAAAAAUAUGUCCAACUAUGUACAAGGACGUUCACUAUAAAGCUAAUAGUUGGAAACACAACUGAGCGCCAGCAGCCACAGCAGUCUGAGUUCGCCGGACUCAACCUCGAAGGGCUGGGCACCGGUGACGAUGGGAAUAACGAUGGCGACGACGACGACGAUGAUGACGACAGUCUGGUCACCUUCGGUUGACCAACUUCAUCCAAAAAUGCUUCCAAUUGUACAGUGACUAGAAGAGUUCAGGAGACAAACUUAAAAAAGAAAAAUACUACCAAAGUCAAUGCAAAUCGCUAAACGCAAAUAUGUAGUUAAACAAACUGAAACAAAUCAAAAUCUAACCAAGUCAUGCAAAAGCAAGAACAGUGUAAAGUUUGCAGAAAAAAGUUGAGUUCAGUAUUUACUUCGUUAACUUCGGCAAAAUUCGGUUGCAACCAGAUCACGGAGCGUGCUGUGCGGUCAGCGUGGAACGCAUCAUUCUGCAAAACUCGACAAAUUGGCUUACGAUUGUUACUAGGACUUCUGAAAUCAAAAAGCAUAGGUUUGCGUUCUCUAUUUGGUGGUUCUAAGUUGGUAUCGAGUACUGGGAGCUGAAUUAAAAUGCAUCACGUGCAUUCUCACGAAGAGGGUAGGGCUACUGAAAAAAUCGAGCGAUGAAAAAUGGAAUUGACGGUAGCAAACGUGCAGAACAACCCUUACGAGGGAGAAAAGCUAUCACUGACUGUAACCAGCAAACAGUGGGAUAAAAUGAACCCAAAACGGGACCUAAUUCAUUAGACAUCCACAAACAAAGAUUUUCGACAUCUGUGGGGUAAUUCAAGUAAGUCAGACAUGAAAACAUUUAAUAAUAUUGG